CAAUCCCGGCAGGCCCCGCGGCCAGGCUCCGGGGCUCUCGGUGUGUGUCCCGCGGUUCCCGGCCCCGGCACUGACCCGGGGGCGGUACCAGAGUCCGGGGAUCGGGGCCCGGCCUGGGCCAUGAGCGGGACCGAGGCACCGAGCAACAACAGGAGCUCACCCGGGAACAGCCACGAUGGCGGAGUGGUCACGACGGUGGUUGCCACCCCGGGGCAGGGGCCUGACCUUCCCCAGGAGGUCUCCUACACCGUGAUCAAAGUGAUCGGGAACGGCUCCUUCGGCGUGGUCUACCAGGUCAAGCUGGUGGACACCGGAGAGGUGGUGGCCAUUAAAAAGGUCCUGCAGGACAAACGCUUCAAGAACCGCGAGUUACAGAUAAUGCGGAAACUCGAUCACCGGAACAUCGUCAGACUGCGGUAUUUCUUCUAUUCCACUGGCGAGAAGAAAGAUGAGGUUUACUUAAAUCUGGUUCUAGACUACGUUCCCGAGACGGUGUAUCGCGUUGCCCGGCACUUCAGCAAGGCCAAGCAGCAGGUCCCCAUGAUCUACAUCAAGGUCUACAUAUACCAGUUAUUCCGCAGUCUUGCUUACAUCCAUUCCCAGGGGGUGUGCCAUCGCGAUAUCAAACCCCAGAACCUGCUGGUGGACCCCGAGACGGCGGUGCUGAAGCUCUGUGACUUCGGCAGUGCAAAGCAGCUGGUGAGGGGUGAGCCCAAUGUCUCAUACAUCUGCUCACGGUAUUACCGAGCACCAGAGCUCAUCUUCGGAGCGACAGACUACACCUCAAGUAUCGAUAUCUGGUCAGCAGGCUGUGUCCUUGCCGAGCUGCUCCUGGGACAGCCCAUUUUCCCUGGCGAUAGUGGGGUCGAUCAGCUCGUCGAGAUCAUUAAGGUCCUAGGAACACCCACGCGGGAACAAAUCCGGGAAAUGAAUCCCAACUACACCGAGUUCAAAUUCCCACAGAUAAAGGCCCAUCCCUGGUCAAAGGUGUUUAAGGGCCGCACUCCGCCUGAAGCCAUCUCGCUGUGCAGCCGCCUGUUGGAGUACUCGCCGGCCCUGCGCCUGUCUCCCCUCGAAGCCUGUGCCUAUCCGUUCUUUGAUGAGCUGCGUGAUGCUGCCACACGGUUACCCAAUGGCCGAGAACUUCCGGAACUCUUCAGCUUCACGCCAGUCG